UUGUUUGGCGUUGUUUUGGCAGCAUUGGGAUCUGGAUUGGGAGAAAUAUGUUAUUUGGCAUUAAGCUCCCAUUAUUCCAAGUUUUUAGAUCUUUUACUCCUCUUAAUUUGAAUCUUAGAUCAACAAUAGCUUCUUGGUCCUCCGGCACGGGAGGUGCUGGAAUAGCCGGAGCUUCAGCAUAUGCAAUUCUAACUGAACCAAAAUUUUUUGAUAUGUCCCCAAGAAAUGCUUUAUUAGUUAUGCUUAUCGUUCCAAUAAUCUUUGCAAUAACUUAUUGGUCAUUAUUAACACCUGUAUUGACCGUUCACAGAAUUAAUUUUUUCAAAAUUUCAACGUGGAUUGUUCCUGUCCAAAAUAUUAAAGAAAAAGAAAAUCUAAAAAUUGAAGAAGAAGAAUAUGAUGGUAAAGCUUAUACACACAAUUUUACUUUUAAAGAUAAAUUAAAAAUAAUUUAUCCAUUGUUGAAAUAUAUGGUUCCACUCAGUUUUGUAUAUUUUGCUGAAUAUUUAAUUAACUCGGGAUUGCAUCAAUUAAUGCAUUUUGACUGUUCACACGGUUUUGGUUUAUCAUUAGAAAGCCAAUUUCGUUGGUAUAUGGCAUUAUAUCAAUCGGGCGUCUUCUUUUCUAGAACUUCUGUUGCUUUUUUAAAAUUAUCUUCAUCUGCAUUAUAUUUUCUUCCUUUUUUACAGGCUUGUAGAAAAAAUUAUAAAAUAAAAAAAAUAUUUUUUAGUGUUUAA